AUGACGUCAAUCGUACAACCCUCCCUACUCCUUUACAGUCGUAUAUAUAUCACCUCAACGAACAGGAUCAUCUUCCAUUCGGGCAAGUCCACCACCACUGGCCAUCUGAUCUACAAAUGUGGUGGCAUCGACAAAAGAACAAUCGACAAGUUCGAGAAGGAAGCCCAAGAGAUGGGCAAAGGUUCUUUCAAGUAUGCCUGGGUCUUGGAUAAACUGAAAGCCGAGCGUGAGCGUGGUAUCACCAUCGACAUCUCCCUGUGGAAAUUUGAGACCAGCAAGUAUUACGUGACUAUCAUUGAUGCCCCAGGACACAGAGACUUCAUCAAAAACAUGAUUACAGGCACAUCUCAGGCUGACUGUGCUGUUUUGGUUGUGGCUGCUGGUGUUGGAGAGUUUGAAGCUGGUAUUUCCAAGAAUGGGCAGACCCGCGAGCAUGCUCUGCUUGCCUAUACUCUGGGUGUAAAACAAAUGAUUUGUGCUGUUAACAAGAUGGACACAGCCGAAUAUAACAAUACUCGCUUUGAUGAAAUUGUGAAAGAAGUCGGCAACUACAUCAAGAAAAUCGGUUACAAUCCCAAGGCAGUACCUUUUGUGCCUGUGUCAGGUUGGCAUGGCGACAAUAUGAUUGAACCUAGUAACAACAUGUCAUGGUAUAAGGGAUGGAGUAUCAGCCGGAAAGAAGGGGAAGCCAGUGGAGUAACCCUGAUCCAUGCCUUGGAUGCUAUUAUCCCUCCUCAACGUCCUGUUGACGUACCUCUUCGUCUUCCAUUACAGGAUGUUUACAAAAUUGGAGGUAUUGGAACUGUGCCCGUCGGUAGAGUUGAAACUGGUAUCCUUAAACCCAGUAUGGUGGUGACAUUUGCCCCCUCCUGUCUGUCAACUGAGGUAAAAUCUGUGGAAAUGCAUCACGAAGCCCUGAGUGAAGCUAUGCCAGGCGACAAUGUUGGGUUCAACGUUAAGAACGUAUCUGUGAAAGAUCUUCGCCGUGGUUUUGUUGCCGGAGACAGCAAGAACAACCCACCCAAAGAGACUAAACAAUUUGAAGCUCAGGUUAUUGUCAUCAAUCACCCUGGUCAGAUUCAACCUGGAUACAGUCCAGUUCUGGAUUGCCACACUGCACAUAUUGCCUGCAAAUUCGUUGAACUCAAGGAGAAAAUUGACAGACGUUCUGGUAAAAAGAUUGAGGAUGCUCCCAAAUUUAUCAAGAGUGGUGAUGCUGCUAUUGUCACACUGAAGCCCAGCAAGCCAAUAAGGUUCUGCCAAAGUAACCAAGUCUGCUGCAAAGGCCCAGAAGGCCGAGAAAGGGAAAAAGUGAAGCUUCUGCUUUCAUGGCCUGUAUGGUUGCUUAGGUCUAAAAUUCACCGCAAGGAAUUCAGACGGAAAGACUGGACUUCAAGAAAAACGGGCCUGUCAUUGUAA